AUGGGACUCCCCGUAUUUGACCCCUCUCUCGUACGCGAGAAAACACCUUCAGUCGAACUCGAAGAUCGACAGGAAGAAGCCCCUGUCCUUUCAAAGACCUUCUGGAAAACCAAUGCUCAGGUUGCUAUUCGAUGGGACGGAUAUUCCACUCUGAGACUUCCCCUGGCUGAUGACACCACCCAGCUGAAUACCCCCGUCACGAUGGAUGCAGACAACAUCUGGACGGACUUUAACCUUGCUGCGUAUGGCAUUCUUGAAACGAUCAAUCAGACUUUGGUUCAGAGCAAACACUCAGAGAAACGAGCGGUUGCAGUCAAGGCUGAGCUGUGCAAGCUAGACGUAUUCUCUGCUGAAUCAGACACAUCUCAGCCCCUUGUCAACAAUCCAGACUUGGGUCGUCAGAUGGGCUCACUCGUGGUUUGUCUACCGGUCGCUCACAAAGGUGGACAGAUUGCCUUUCGACAUGACGGUCAACAAGUCGAGUUCGACGGGGCAUCUCAGCAUUCAGAAACCAUCCAAUGGGCCGCUUUCCUAAGUGCUUGUGAACAUGAAGUUCUGCCGAUUACCGAAGGUCACAGGGUAAUGUUGACGUACAACCUGGUCUGGUCAACUUGGGGCCAUGGUUUCAUGGCAAACCAAAGACAUAUUUUGGAUCAGGAAUCCACCCACUUCUACACUGAUCUUGAGAAGCUUAUCGAAAAGAUAAAAUCUACUGGAGAGCCACAUAUCAUCGGUUUCACAUGCACUCGCCGCUACCCCCAUACUUCCGAGUCAUCCUGCAAGGAGAUCGAUCAUAUGCUCAAAGGCAUUGACAUGGUAGUCUACCAAGCCCUUGUGCGGUUUGUGUGUAAUGUCAGUGUUGGCGCGGUACUCGAUGAUUCGCGGUAUGUCGAAGGCGAACUCGAAUCGAAACAGAUGGAGCUUGAACGCCUGGCGGAGUUAGCCAAUAAUCCCAACGCGCGCCGUUCGAGACGUCAUUAUUACGACGACAGUGACCUUGAAAACACAUUUUGCAUAACCGAAGACCUUUCAGACUUAUGUAUUGAUGAUUGGUACCGCGGCGACGACGACUCCUAUGUUCCGAACCCGCUCCGCCAUCUCGAUGGGUAUAGCCGUGAGAAGGUCCACUGGCUUAACCACGCUCCCGACACGACUACCCACCAGGAGCUUGCUCUUUCUGUUUACAUGGUCGCUGAGAGUGAGCCUGAAUGUGCAUCGUUUUACUCCUCUGUCGCCAUUUUUGCGCGGGUGGGUGAAGAGGUCGAUAAGGAUGAUGAAGAGGAUGAAGAGGUCGAUGAAGAGGGUGAUUAA